AUUGAAUGCCAACGAAUAGAGAGAACUGUUUCGACAAACACUUCACAAACUCCAUACUCAUUGGAAAGCAUUGACUCAAUCAUUGAAACCCGAUUUCAACGCUCUUUACAUCAAAGCAAACAAAUCCUUAACUCUUGCGACCAUUUCUUGCGUUUAUUUCGACGACAAAAGUAAACAAUCGGUGGACACGAGAAUCGAUGGCCAGUAUUCUGCGGUUAGUAUCACAUCCAGCGGUGACCAACCCGUUGCUGAGGAGCGCCAAUGUAUUGCCCGCUUUGGGCGCAAGUGGUGUCCAAACGAGACAUUUGUUUGGUUUCGGAAAACUGCGAAGAGUUGACGGCACGGACGUGAAGGAGUCGGACAUCCGUUUACCGGAUCCCAUAGAACACGCCACAGGACUCGAGAAACUGCUGCUCUUGGCUGAGGAGAAGGGCAUCGAUGACCCCUUCUGUCUGAAGCCCAGACACAGAGGGCCCGGAACUAAAGAGAACCCGAAUCUGGUGCCGAGCUUCGAGGACAAGCGUCUGAUUGGGUGUCUGUGUGAGGAGGACCAGACACACCUGAACUACAUGUGGGUCCACUUGUCUGAACCCCGGCGCUGCGAAUGCGGCUAUUAUUUCAAAGCAGUUCCCGCGCGCAAGUUCUGGGAGGAGAUCGACACCAAAAUCGGCGCUUAAUCGGCGCUUAAUCUGCGGAUCACUUGUGGUGACCAUUGAGUCCCUAAUUAUUUUAAUUUCAAAUUUCAGUUAAUUAUCGCAAAUGUAUUUAAAUUAGAAAUUAUAAACUCGAUUAAAGUAUAUGUUAGUUGUUUCAAAA